AUGUCAGCCCUUUCGAAUGUUUCCAAGUUAAUACGAUCUCUUGCUUCUUCGGGCAAUUUCAACUCUGUUUUCGCUCCAAUUGAGGUUGUAUCUGCAAACGAAAAUUCUUUGCGAUGUCGCUUUCAGGUUACUGAGAAAGAAGCAAACUCUCUAAAUACUCUCCAUGGUGGCUAUACAUCCAGUUUGAUAGAUUUCAUUUCUACCGUUGAUCUUCUUCGUCAAGGUGUCAGUAGAACAGUUAGUGUCGAACUUGCGACAUCCUUCAUGAGUGCUGCCCCGGUGGGAUCGUGGGUUCAAGUGGAGUCUCGUGUCUUGAGAAGUGGCAGGACGUUGGCUUUCUGUGAAGUGAGUCUUCACGACGAGCCAUCUGGGAAACUCAUCGCUAAAGGACGACACACGAAAUAUAUUCUUCCUGGUGCUUUCCCCGACAUAUCAUCGUAA